UGUGCGCUGUAUGUCAGUGAGUCGCUGUGCGGCGGUGUACGCCGGAGGUCUCCAUGUGGUGGUGUGGCGGGUCGGAGGUCACAAUCAGCUAGCGGCCAUAGUGGAGGUUCCUCAGACCUUCUUCAACCGGACUGUGGGUCUCAUGGGUCACUGGAGCGCCAACCGCUCUGAUGAUUUCCUGAUGUCUGACGGCAGGCGCCUCCCAUCAACGGAUCUCAACCCCCCCUCCAAGGAGAGACUGCACGACUUCUGCUUGUCCUGGGCGGUUCCGGUUCCAGAGAGCCUGUUGUUCUCUCCACCUCCUCUGGUUCCACUGGACCCUGCUGUCUCUGAGAACCUGCUGGAAAGCGCCAGUCCUGCUAAGUUGGAGGAGCUGAGGAGAGACUGUAAAGGCAGCAUGCAGUGCGUGGAGGAUACCCUCACGACCGGCAGCUCCGACCUCGGCCUGCAGACUCUGGAUGCCAGGAAGCAAUAUCAGAAUCUGGCUCUGAUCUACGGUAACAUGCCUCCCAUAGUGACAGAGCCCACAAUGAUCCACGUGAAGGUCAACUCUACUGUCAACGCUCAGAUUGUCGCUCAGGACCCAAACGGAGACCCCAUCACCUACUCACUGCUCUUCCCCAGACCUGCACGGACCUCCAUAGGCAACGGUGACGGUUUCCUCACAUGGACGCCCCAGACUCCGCAGCCUGUGCAGCUGACCAUCAGAGUCAGUGACGGGCUAACCAGCUCCCUGUUCACCCCCAUCCUGCGCGUCUGCAACUGCCUCAACGGGGGGACCUGCCAGUACGACAGCAUCAUUGAGAACCACCAGCGGGGAAUGUUCCAGGUGGUGGGGUGCCUGUGCCCAAAGGGAUUCAGUGGACAGUUCUGUGAUAAGGCUGCAGAUGCAUGUCGAGGCGAACCGUGUUUCCGAGGGGUGAAGUGUCAGUCGGAGCCGGAGCCUGGCGAGUUCACCUGUGGAGAGUGUCCCAAAAACACCGUCUCAGGGGGGAAGCAGGGAUACAAGUGUUUUAAGCAUGAUAUGUGCAGCCCUCCUUUCACCUUCCCCUGCCACAAAGAUGCCAAAUGCAUCAGCACGAAGCAGAACUUCACCUGCACGUGCAAGUCCGGUUUUACAGGAGACGGACGCAACUGCACAGAUAUAGACGAGUGUGCAGAGCUCACAACAUGUCCCAAUGCUAAGUUUGAGUGUAAGAACAAGCCCGGCUCUGUGGACUGCUUCUGCAGAUACCAGAAGACCAAGGACACUGAUGGAUGUGGUGACUCUGCCAAUCCUCCAGGGUUCAAUGUGUUCAACGUAACUGUGGGCUGGUCGAAGAACAAAAAUGAUCUCAAACAGCUGGUGGACAUUCUGUCGAUGGGUUUCAAGAACAAAUUCUACAACGCCAGCAAGAAGACUCGAGUGCAGGGCUCGAGUCCUGGCGUGGCCGAGUACCGUAUCAACGUGUCCAGUGACACGCCCCACUGGUACAUCAGAGACUACCUGGCCAGAGCCAGCAAACAGUAUAACAUCAGAACCGUAGAAGUUGACGAUCUGGAAGAGUGUAAGGCCAAGGAGGCGGUGUGCGUCUAUCCGGCCCUCUGUACCAACACGUACGGAGGCUACAGGUGUGUUUGCAACGGCACGACGGAUGUGGAUGAGACCCAGUCCUGUGUGUUAGACAGAGACAAAACGAAUGAAAAAGAACUGGACCUCGUUCUGGCCCUGGUCCUGGGAAUCGGCAUCCCUCUGCUCCUGCUGCUGCUCCUGGCUGCACUGGGCUGUUUCUGCUGCUGCAAGAAGACUGCUACUGGAGACCUCCCCCACACCAUGCCAGAUUACAUCCAGGAGCAGUACAACCCUCCACCCUUCAACUACUCCGACCCCGCCCUGCACUACAUUACCCACAGCAGCCCACGGAUCCUGGACAACUUCACACCCCGGCAACGCUACAGAUAGCACAUAUUUAAACCACAUGCAUGCAUCAGUGCAAAUUAAAGGCACUAAAAAGACGGAAAUGCUCAGGCUUACAAACGCCGCACAAGCACUUUUGGAGCCACUGUAUAUGUUUUAUAAAGACAAGAUAAAUGACUGUUAUUUAUAGGUAACAAACAAGUAAUUAAAGCUGAGUGACUUUUAAAGUCAAUUAUUUCCAAUCCCCUCCGCUGAGCGAUGGACCUGCCAAGUUUGAGCUGGAAGUUUUUUUGCCAGGACAACAGUUUACAGUCAGUCUGACCCAGCAGAACUCAACAAUCUCUUGGCUGGAGACGGUGAUGAAAAGUAAACCACUGCAGUGGUCUUUAGUUUCCAGCUGAUACUAGGCCAACAGUCUCCUUGAUAGGAACAUUAGCAUCUGCCAGAUGCCUGCCUGGCGUCAGGCUCCUGCCCUCUGUUCACAAUUAUAUUCAGCAUUCAGUUUGUUAUGGUUCUAGUCCAAAAUGUACAGUAAUGCAUCCAUAUGUUUAUCACUCAUAAUCACCAAAUCACCAAAACAAAGCUGAUUUAAUUUAUGUUAUUGUUUUUUUUUACAAUCCAUUUUUAAAAAGUAGGUGUUUUUUUAAAAAGCCCACUUUGGGAUUACACUUUAAAUUAUUGUUCAUUGCUGGAUUGUGUCCCAGUUAAUUAAAUACAGCAGAGUAAUUCAGUGUUUCAACUGGCAGCUGUCUUUUGUAAAGCUGGACUGUCACUGCAAGUUAAAAAGCAAUGUGUAAAUAUAAUGUAAAUCAUUAAAAGUGCCACUUUAGCUUCA